GUAUAACUGAAAGUGAAACCAGACCCGUCUGAAAGCUCACAUAGACCAGGAAGAUGUCUUUUUAAAACAAAUGCUGAAUUUAAUUACUCCGGAUCGAGUGGAUCUGAGAAGAGAAUAAACAAGAUGAGUUUUGACAAAGAGAAGAAUAAAGGGUUAAAAAGGAGAAGGAAAGAGGACAUGGCUGAAUCUUUAUCAUCACAACUAAGACAACGCAGAAAGAACAGCAUGCAUACAGCUACUGAAUUUGCAGGUGAAUCCAGCAGCCUCCUGACUGAAGAGCAGUUACAGUGUUCUAUCUGUAUGGAAGUGUUCACUGACCCCGUCACCACUCCAUGUGGACACAGCUUCUGCAACAGCUGCCUCACACAAAGCUGGGAUACGCGUCAACAUUAUUAUUGUCCAUAUUGCGAAGAGAAAUUCACCAAGAGACCAGAAAUCAAGAUUAAUAUAACACUGAGAGAGGUUGCAGAUCACUUCAAGAAGAAAACAGUCUCAGAUAAGUCUCAGAUUCUUUGUGACUUCUGCACUGGUGUGAAGCAGGAGGCCUUGAAAUCCUGUCUGGAUUGUGGUGUGACUCUCUGUUCAUCUCAUUUAGAUCUUCAUAAUAAUGUUCAAAAAUAUAAGAAACACAAAGUAUUAAAUGCAGUGGGGAACCUGGAGAAAUACAUUUGCCAGGAGCAUGAGAAACCUCUGGAGAUGUUCUGUAGAGAUGAUCAGAUGUGUGUGUGUCGGUUCUGUACUGUGACAGACCACAAGAAUCACAACGUUAUUCCAUUAGAGGAGGAGAGUGGACAGAGGAAGAGUCAGCUGGGGAAAACACAGACGGAGCUGCAGCAGAUGAUCCAGGAGCGACUGAAGAAGAUCCAGGAGAUUAAUCACUCAGUAGAGCUCAGCAAAAGAAACACAGAGAAGGAGAAAUCAGACAGUAUUGAAGUCUUCACCGCUCUGAUUCGCUCCAUUGAGAGGAGUCAGGCUGAGCUGCUGGAGGUGAUGGAGGAGAAGCAGAAAGCAGCAGAGAAGCAGGCUGAAGGACUCAUUAAAGAGCUGGAACAGGAAAUCGAUGAGCUAAAGAGGAGAGACACUGAGCUGGAGCAGCUCUCACACACUGACGAUCAUCUCCACCUCCUACAGAUUUAUCCGUCACUGUGCAUCGCUCCACACACCAAGAACUGGACUGAGAUCAGGAUUAAAACUGAACCGAGUGUGGAAGCUCUGAGGACGACUCUGUCUCAGCUUCAGAAGACUCUGAAUGAGAAACUGAAGGAAAAAGUCCCCACAGAACUGAAGAGGAUUCAGCAGUAUGCAGUGGAUGUGAUUCUGGAUCCUGAUACAGCUUCUCCUCGUCUCAUCCUGUCUGAUGAUGGAAAACAAGUGACGUAUGGAGACACAAAGCAGAAUCUCCCAGACACCCCGAAAAGAUUCACUUAUUAUCCAAUGGUCCUGGGAAAUCAGGGUUUCUCCUUAGGGAGGUUUUACUAUGAGGUGCAGGUCAGCAGGAAGACUAAGUGGGAUUUAGGAGUGGUCAAAGAGUCUGUUAACAGGAAGGGGAAAAUUGCACUUAAACCUCAGGAUGGAUUCUGGACCGUGAUUCUGAGGAAGGGGAAUGAGUAUACUGCUUGUGAUGAUCCCUGUAUCUCCCUCUCCCUGAGAGAGAAACCCCAGAAGGUGGGCGUGUUUGUGGAUUAUGAUGAGGGUCUGGUCUCCUUUUAUGAUGUUGACGCCAGGUCUCAUAUCUACUCUUUCACUGGUCAGUCUUUCACUGAGAAACUCUAUCCAUACUUCUGCCUUUCUAAUAAUGAUGGAGGUAAAAACUCAGCACCACUGAUCAUCUCUCGUGUAUCAAAGACUGAAUAAAUUCAGUCAAUUAUAUACAAUUACCAGAAUAAAAGACAAUGGGCCUCAUUUAGGGCCCCAUACUUCAGAUCUUUUUGAAACUGAUGGAGGUAAUGUGUUAAAUCUCAUAUGAUAAAAACUGAAUAAAUUCUCACAUCAUCAAUUCAGUAAUGUAUGAAAUGGCCAGAAUGAAAAACAAUGGGUUUCCUUUGUGAAUUUUUAAGUAAAGUUGUGUAAAUGUUUUUCAUAGGCCAAACUGAACUUUCAGUAAAGUGCAAAUCACAUACAGUUUCCAUAAAAGGGAAAGGUCACAGAGAGGUGAAAGAAUAAAAUGAGCUGAAGAAUACAUAAUAUUUUUUGUUAGUACGUGAAUGUAUGGUGUAAAUGGUAUCUGAUUAGCAAGACCAAGCUCAGUGCUCGGAUUAGUUUCUGUCCCACUUUAGAUAAAAAGUGCCUGCUAUAUAAAAGUCUAGCUCCUAAAAAGAAUCCAGAUAAACCUGAGUAAAACCUGAGUAAAAAAAUGUUUUUACGUGUAAUCAUAUUACAUGGGUGUCCAUUCUAAUCCGUACAGGACCAGUGUGGCUGCAGGUUUUCAUUCCAACCUAUCAGGAACCACAUCUGAUAUUCGAUUGAUACAGCUGGAAUCAGAUGUGGCUCCUCCUCAGUUGGACUGAAAACCUGCAGCGAUGCCAAUCCUUUAUGGAUAAAAUUGGACACCCCUGUUCUAUGGAGUUAAAAAUUAAAGUUUAUAUUUAUACCGUCAAAUAUGUUUAGUCUAUAAUUCAAUUCAAUUCAAUUUUAUUUGUAUAGCGCUUUUUACAAUAGACAUUGUCUCAAAGCAGCUUUACAGAAAUAUCAACACGGUAUACAGAUAUUAAAGGUGCGAAUUUAUCCCAACUGAGCAAGCCACUGAGUGGCGACGGUGGCAAGGAAAAACUCCCUAAGAUGUUUUAAGAGGAAGAAACCUUGAGAGGAACCCGACUCAGAAGGGAACCCAUCCUCAUCUGGGUAACAACAGAUAGUGUGAAAAAGUUCAUUAUGGAUUUAUAUGAAGUCUGUAUGGCGUUAAGAGCAGCCGUAGUCCCAGCAGUCUGGAAUUAAAGAAGAUUUGAGCUCCAUCCAGAGGCAGAAAGGAUCUGGAUCUCUAGUAUCUCCAUAAAUUCGUGUGGGGCUCGGCGAAAGGAGAGAGGGAGAAAAAAGAUAAUUAUGACUGCGAAGUAGUAGAACAGAAUCUAGUCAGGGUAGGCUUGAGUAAACAAAUGAACUCGGCUACACUGUAUGGUCAUUUUGUCAAAUAAUUGUUAAAAUUGUCAUAAAAUAAAUGUUGAUAGCGAGUUAAAAUCAUUUAUUUUCUUCACCAUAUAACCCUGUUCCUGGUGUCACAGUGUAAAUACAGCACUUGUUUUGUGUUUAGUGAACUUGUUUCCAUUUUUAUGAGAACAUUUCAUAUGCAAAGUCAAAUAAUUAUAAUCACAAUAUCAACAACUCACUCGUCCAAGUCUAAAUGUUGUAGAGAGUUACAAAUACUUGAAUUGUGACACGAUCUUGGUGUUUUCAACUAUUGAAGCUGGGUUUGCUGUUGAUGUAACAUAUAAAUUUAGCAAUUUACUAACA